AUGGAUGAAGAAAGUAGGAAAAUGAAAGACCUUGACUCAGUUAGAACUGGUCAAGGAGCAAGCAUUGUUGGCGCUAAUAACCCUAUUGAAGAGACUCAUGAAGAGGACAAAGAGCAUACCCAAACUACACAGGAGGGUCGUCUUCAAGAGGUGGACGAGGACCUUCUUGAAAUCAAAGCUAGUUUUGAGAAAAAUCGAGGAGCAGUGGAAGCUUUAUUCAAAGAAGGCAAAAAGCUCUACAUUGAAGACCUCAUUGUUUUUAAAGAUAGAGCUGAUGAUGUCGUUGGCUAUGAGCUAGAUGAAUUCAUCUCCUUUUUGUCUUCCAAAUACAGUUUAAAGAAAACUAAAUUCAGCCUUAAUUGGGAGAGCAUCAUGGGAGCUCUCAACGAAUGGGUUAUAUUCCAGACAGAAGAUAGAAAAAGAGAAAAAGUUGAAGAUUGGAUGGACAACAUAGAAAAUGACGAUUACCCUGAACUUCCCGAUGAAGAUGAACUCGAUACUGAAAAGUACAGACAAAGAGAAAAGAGUCGAGACUUGUUAACAAUGAAACUUCAAAACUACACAGACCAAAUUCAUGAUAUAUUCAAAGCGAAUGCUGACCAAGAGAACAGCGAUGAAGAGUCAGAUGAAGAGAAUGCCAAAGACCUCCCUGUCCAAGUCAGAGUCUCCAAGUUAACUAAAGUCAUUAAAGAUAUGGGACUUCUCUGUGGUAUUGUUUUCACCACAUGGGAAGAUUACAUCUCUGGAAAAAUUGACGAGAAAAAGACCAAGAAAGAGAUUGUUGAUAAGAUCAAAAGAGCAAUGUGGAAAGAUACUCACCUAAGUAUCUGUAUUCAAGUCUUAGAAGAAAAAGGCAAAAAGGCAGGAGACAGCAUUCUCAAGAAGCCUAGUUCAGGAGAAAGUCCUAACCAAAAUCCUUCUGAAAGCCAAGAUGUUAAAGCAGAAGAACACAAAAAUGACACAGAUGCAAAACCUGUCCAAGAAAUAGUCAACGAGGAAGCUUCAAAAGAAGAAGAGACUAAUAAAGAGGAUAAUGACCAAACCGAAAAACAAGAUAAUACUGAAAAACCUGAGAAAACUGAGAAAGAAGGCUCUAGCUCUUCGCAUUCAGAUAGGCCAGAAACUUCUAAAUCUGCCACUGCAAAAUCAACUACCACUAAGAAGACUAAGACUGUUGUGGAAGAAGAGAAGACUGAAUUAAGAACCCAGAAUGAAGACUUUGACCAAGAAGAAUUCUCAGGCCGGAAAGUCCUUUUUGAAGAAGAGUCUUACCAAGCUGAAAAUAGGUACAACUACAUUGAAAUAGGAACCUUUAUGAAUCUCUUAAGACAAUUCUUCGAAGAAGACGAAGAGAUGGUCAUCCUUGACCAUCUCCACGAAUAUGACGAUGAGAUCGCAGAAGCCUUCAGAGCAGCCACAGAGAUUGGCUAUGACCCAUUCCUUGAGAAACUCAAGAAAACCUUGAGCCAAUAUGAAUCUGCUCUCAUCAAAGGGGACUUCAAGGAUGAAAAUGAGAGAGAAGCUACUGAGGGGUUAGUCCAAGAUAUUAGAAACCAGAUUGCCAAGAUCUCUCAGUCUCGGAUUCAGUCCAAUACUUCUGAUAGAGAUAGUAAGAAGAAGCCAUUAACUCUUGAAGAGCUCAGAAAGAGGGGCCUCAAAGAAUUAUUUACAUUUUAUUCCAAACAGCAUCUCCCUGAAGGACUAGAAUUCGGAGAUAUCCUCAAUAAAUUGGAGGUGAUCGACCUAGGAGAAUUCUGUAUUUUUGCUAGAGACUUUGACCUGAAAAUCCCUAAGAAAAAGAUGAUAGAAAUCUUCAAGAAGACUAGUAACCUUAGACAUCAACCACUAAAUUUCAAGCAAUUUGUCGAAGUACUUGACAAGAUUGGAGUAGCAAUGAACGAUCAACGUAUUAAGGACAUCAAAAAAAGGCUCAUGAAUAUCGAGAAAAUCGAAAAUGAGCAAAACUCUAAACCGGCUGAGACAAGCAAAGAGAAAUCUGGCAAAAAUUCUGAUAGUGAGGAUGAUGCAUCUGAUGAAGAAAAGAAAACAGUCAAACAAACGGAAGAAAGUAAAGAAACCAACAAGGAAGAGACAAGUGGGAAAGCCUCUGAGAAGGACGAAGGCACGGAAAAACCUGAUGGAAAAACUGAUAAAUAAAGAUAGUGAUCAAGACUCUGAUGAGGAUAGUGAUACAGAGAGUAAGUCAAAAAUUACCAAGACUAAUCCUGUAACUGACUCUAAGUCACUCAACACUCAAAGCAAAAAUGUGGAGUUUGCUGCGAAAGAUGGUGAAACUAGUGCCAAGGAGGAUAGAUCGGACUCGGAAUCUGACUCUGAAGAGGAGACUAACCCCCUCAAAAUUGAGAAGAAAAAGCUUCAAAAAGAACUAGAAAAAUAUGAAAAUUAUGGGCAUAAAGAAGCUCAUGAUGAGAUUAUGAAUUAUCUUGAAAUCCACAACCCUGAAAAAUACAGGUUGAAAGCAAAAGGUGUCCUCGUAGUCCCUUUCUUCAUGAAAGGGAAAUAUGGAAAACCCACAAAAUCCCUCAGCCAGCAAGGAUACUCCCAUACCUCUACAGAUGGCAUGUCUGAAAGAAAAGCUCUUGAUCCAAAGCUAAUCAAGAAAAAGAGGAUUAUCAAUAAAGAGAAGAUCGAACGCAUUAAGCAAUAUAAGCUCAAAUCUCGAAACAAUAUGGGUAGCGAAGGAGGUAUUUUGAAUACUCUCUCACCAACAUCGAUGGGUAAGAAGUUGAACCCUAAUGCAAAUCUACUCAAGCAGAGCAAGACUAAAGUGUCUAUUUUACCCAAGGCGAAGCAAUCCCAAAAAGUGACUCUGGAAUCUCUCCAAAAUAUGAAUCUAAAAGAGUUCAAUAAUAAGCGAAAUGAUGAUUUUAAACCAAGAGAUGUCCUCACAGAUGACGAUGCUGGUGAUGAUGAGUCUGUAUUUAACUAUUUCUUCCCUGAAAAUAAGAAGCCUAAAGGAAAAGGCAAGAAGACUACUACCAACAAAUUUGCUGUCAAGAAAGCCAUCAUUAAAGAACCUAUUGAUCAGAUCGAUGAAGAAGACGUUAAUGCAAAUUAUUACACCGAGCAAGAAAAGCCUCUAAGCAAGAAAGCCAAGUCUAAGCUUGGAAAUAUCACUGAAAGAGGACUCCACAAUUCCAAAAACAACGAAACAAGAAGAAGUCUCAAAAAGAGUGCUUUAACCGCCAGAGGUUCUAAGAAAUCAACAGGAAAGCCUAAAUCCAGCAACAAGACCAAACCUCCCAUGCGAGGAAAGUCAAAGUCCAAGUCAAAAUCAAAACCCAAAUACGGUAUUCCUUCCAGAAAAUCAUCCCAAAAGACCAAGAUCCUCUCUCGGGCAGCCCAGUACGACAAACAGAACAAACUUAAUGAAAAAGCUACCCUGAAUAAGAUGCUGAAAUUACAUGACGCUCAAAUGCAGAAGGGAUAUAAUGUGUUAAAGAAGAAGAAAAUUUAGGGAGGAGUAAUUGUGAGUGGG